CCACAUCCCUCUCCAAGCCCGAGUGACAUUUUUUCUGCAUGCAGUAGGUGUUUACAGGUGUGCUUUGCUAGAUCUUAUCAAUGAAGAGUAACUGGGUGGGAAUGUCUUGCCUGCCUCAACAAACCUCCCAAGAGCCACCCAACAGCUGCGUUGUGCCAAGGUCUCCAGUGCAACCCUGCAUUAUACAAACACGGGAAAUGCCAGUUUUUCUGAUUUGAAAUUAUGAAUUUUGAAGAACAAAAUUAUAUGAGAAGAUAAAGACGACGGAGGAAAAAUCAGCCUGUCCUGAGAGUGAGGCCUGUAUUUGCAUAGUUUUGGCUUAGUUGUGGAAUUUGCCAUCCAAGAAUUAUCUUCCUUGGUCGUGACAAUUUAUUACCUGUUUGUCUUCGAUGGGGCAACGAAUUCACUUUGUGGUUGACCCUCAGGGUUGGUGCUGCAUGGGCCUAAUUAUCUUCGUCUGGCUGUACAAUACAAUCUUCAUUCCAAAGGUCAUCCUUUUUCCUCAUUAUGAAGAGGGAAAUAUUUCAGUUGUGGCAGUUUUGUGUUAUUACUUCUGCUCAUUGUUUUGUAUAGCUUCAUUAUUUAGAGCCUCAGUAGCAGAUCCAGGAAAACUGUCUGAAAAUCCAAAGAUACCAAUUACAGAACGGGAACGUUGGGAGUUAUGCUACAAAUGCAAUAUGAUGAGACCAAAGCGUUCACACCACUGCAGUCGCUGUGGACAUUGUGUGAGGAGGAUGGAUCACCACUGUCCAUGGAUUAAUAAUUGUGUUGGUGAAGACAAUCACUGGCUGUUUUUACAGCUGUGUUUCUACACCCAGAUCCUUAGUUCCUAUACGCUGAUACUUGACUUCUGCCAUUACUACUACUUUUUGCCUCUGAAGAAAGAAAACUGGGAUGUGUUUGUAUUUAGACAUGAACUUGCUCUCCUAAGAAUAUCUGCCUUCAUGGGUCUAAUAAUAUUAGGCGGAAUAAGUCGACUCUUUUACACUCAGCUAAUUGGUAUUUUCACUGACACUACAAGUAUAGAAAAAAUGUCAAACUGUUGUGAAGACAUAUCGAGGCCCCGAAAGCCAUGGCAGCAGACCUUCUCAGAAGUUUUUGGCACUCACUGGAAGAUCCUGUGGUUUAUUCCUUUCAGGCAGAGGCAACCACUGCGAGUUCCCUACUACUUUGCCAAUCAUGUCUAAACAGAUGGAUGGUGGACGCAGAUGGGUCCUCCAUGCUGGAAGUACAUUACAGGUUUUAUGAUAAUGGGACUAUGACAGUCUUCAAGUCAAUUAAAAUCCAGUCGUAGGCAUCACAUUGUGCCUCGGGCAUUAUUUUAGCUAUGGUCUUGAUUCUAUUCUGAAAUUAAUGCAAGUUAAACAAUCAACUUCAGGCUUAUUUACUUUCAAAUUAGAUUUCCAAAGAGAUUCCUUUUGUCUUUGGGGUUAAUACCAAAAACAAACAACUGGAAUGUAGUCUUGAUCCAGUUUGAUACUGGCUCUUCUUUUUUUUCCCUUUUUUGUUCUUUUUUUUCUUUUCUAUUUUUUUUCGUAGGGAGCACUGACGUUUACAUUGAUGGCUAGAUUUCUUACUAAGUGUCUUAUUCUGCCAAUAAAUUUUUUUUUAGGGUUCUUAUCAGUAGGUCUGUCUGGAUAAUAAUAGUAAUAAUGGUUUUUUCCCCUGCUGCAUAUGUUUAAAAUUCCAUGAUUCUGCCAGUUAUUUAUGAUAUGCAAAAGUAAUUCUGCAGCACUGCACUAUGAAAUGUAAUAUUUAAAGCUGAAACAGAGUACUUCCUAAGCCUCCUAAAGAGGUUUUGUAAAGGCAUACAAAUGUAUGUGUUUACAUAGAGAACAGUUUACAGUUUACAGUUAUCUUUUGGCCUAGAUAUGAUGUUAGUGAAAAGUGUUCAUGUCUUUAUGUCAGUGAGGGGGAUUAAGUAUUUCAGGGUAAACUAUGCAGAUACAGAGCAUGUUUUCCCUAAAUCCCAAGGAUUCAAAUCAGCAAUAACCGACAAAGAAGGUGCAUGGUGCAAAUACUAGAAUGAUUACUUUUGAGAAGUAGAGAUGUAAUUAGUAAGCAUAAUGUACC